AUCACCUAGUCCUGAGCUGAAACCUAGAAGCAAUGACCCCUAGAGGGUCUCCAGGAUUCCAUGACCUCUGGAGGCCAGGAGUCCGUUGAAGGCUGUUGGGAGUUGUCACUAAGAUGGAAGCCAUAGAGGCACAAAAAGAAGAGCAAUUAUUAAAAAUCAAGAAGUUUAGAAAUAAGUUUCCAGUUUCUGGGAUCAUCUUAUUGAUCAUUAAAUGGCUAGACAAUACCAGCUUCUCUGAAUUGUACGGUUUACUCAAAAAAAAUUUUUUCUCUCAUUUCAAUUUCUCCACGGAAUAUGGCAACUCCCUGGAUCUCAUGUUCCACUGUUGUCUGACUAGCAUGGCUUUGAUUAGUUCCAUCAUCACAGACUCCUGCCUGGGAAAAUUCAACGCCCUGAUCCUGAGCCAGGUGCUGUUGUUAACGGGUUACUCCAUUGUCAUAGCCAGAGAAUUCCUGCCAGAAGACACAUUUAUGUCCAUGUUCCUUCUGGUUACUGGUUUGCUCCUGGUGGCUUCUUCUACUGGAGUCAAGUUGCCUUGUUUUAUGUGUUUAGCCGGGGACCAAUUUCAAGAAAACCAGGUAAAAGAAAGGAACAUGAUGUUCUCCUUCUUAUUCCUGUCUAUAUCCUUUGGGGAAAUAUUUGCCACAUUCUUAGUCCCUCUAAUUAAAGAUCUCGAGUGCUUCUCCAAAAACUGCUACUUGGUUUACCUUCUUGCCUCAACUUGCAUUGAGAUUUUUUGUAUAGUGCUUUUGAUAGUUUCCAAGAAAUUAUUCUUCAUAGCAGUACUCAAAAGGGGCAAAAUAUUGGAAAUCUUCAAGUGUAUCCAGUUUGCACUUGUAAAUCAGCUAAGACACUGCGCUUUGAAAAUCCCUAGGAGGGAUCACUGGCUAGACUGGGCAUUGGAGAAGUUCUCAGAGGAACAAAUUCGUGAUGUGAAGAUUUUCUUUCUGUUACUUCUCUUCACCAUACCCUUUCCGUUUUUAUGGGCCUUGUCUAAAAAACAGACAAAUGCAAACUUUUUCCAAGCUAAGAAGAUGAAUAGGAGUCUGGCUGGGUUUUCGUGGCAAAAUGAUGAAGUGCAGGUAUGCCAGGCAUAUGUUUCUGGCUGCCUCAUCAUCAUCAUCACUUUCAGCGAAAUAUGUGUACGGCCCAUAGCAAAGCGUCAUGGAUUCAGCUUCACAACAAUGAGGAAAAUGCUGAUAGGAAUGUUACUCAUCUACAUCUCCAUGCUAAUUACACUCUACCUGGAACUACAGAUUGAGAAAUACCCCUACCCAAUGCCUGGUCCGAGGGAAUGCUACCUGAGAGUCAUUAAUGUAGUUGAUUCUACAAUUCAUAUGGACUUGUAUAAAAACACAACUGUUUCCUACUCCAGACUGUGCGUAGCCUUUAAGAAACACGAGAAUUAUAAAAAGAUACAUUUGGACUCAGAGUAUCAGAAUUUUCUGAACAAACUAUAUUCCUCUAAGACACUUAAAAAAGAAAAUAUUCUACUGAAGGAGAAGGAAAAAUAUACUCUGGUUCUGUAUGGAAGAAGUAGAAACUUCUCAAGCUUGCUGAUCCAUGAUGAAGAAAACACAUCAGGGAAUGGACUUGCAGAUGUGAAGAUUGUCAGUGCCUUGGAUAAAAAUAUUACGUUCCUCAGAGCCCUGGGAAGCUUCAGGCUCACUGAAUACAAUAGAGUCUCUCCAAGCCUAAGAAUUAAGACAAACAGAAGUAGAAAGCUGCUUUGUAAAACGGAUGUAAUAUAUUGGUUCACCUUGGGACUGCUGGAUUAUGGAGGCAAUUACAUGUACGUUAUUAUUAAGGACACCCCAAUAUUGAUUAGCUGGAAAAUACAAACCAUUGAGAUCAAGAACAUUUCCUUUGUGUGGCAAAUUCCACAGUUAAUUAUAUUCGAGAUAGGAGAAUUUAUGGUGCAAGUUUCCUGCAUGCAGUUUUACUAUGCUGAGGCUGUAGAAGGCAUGAAAGUUACCAUGAUGGCUUUGUGGUUAAACACCAUUUUCACUGGUUUCCUCAUUGAUACUACUAUGAUCUACAACUUCCUCCUGCCUUCGUGGAUUGACCAAUUCAUAUUUUCUAGUAUCCAACUGGCUCUGAUCAUUAUCAUCGUCAUCACAGCCUAUUACUACCAAGAAACUAUAAUAAAACUUCGGAGAAAGCCUCACUUCUGAAUUCAGACCUCCAUGCCCUUCAACUGUGCUUGGGGAAGAGAUGGAGAAACUACAUUUGGCCCAGGUCCCUCAUCCUUAUCCCAGUCCUUUCUCCUAUCUGACCCUCCUCUGAUCAUUCUCCCUCUCUAACUCUUCUCGGUGGCUCUCCUAGACACUGGCUGGAGCCAGUUUCAUUCAACUCUGGGCCAUGGUGUUUGUGUGUGUGCUUGGAGAUGAGAGGCCAGGGUUGGGAUGUGUAAAAGGGGGAGGAUACCCCAGAAGUUCCUCUCUAUUAAAUAACUCAUGAGGAUGACCAAAAGAAAGCUUCAAUGUACAAUAAGCCACCCUCAACUCAUGCCUUCCCAAAUGGUCAAGAGACACAGUGAGUGCAUGGAGGGUUAUUUGGGGAAGAAGAAAAUAAAGUGUGAAGAACA